AUGGGAGCGUGUGCGACCGCCCUGACUCUGUCGAGCGCCGCAAAAGGCGCUGUACUCGAUUGCAGUCCAUCCGUGUGGCGUUUGCUAGGGACGGCAACAUGUGAACUGCGGAAACACGCUUCUUCAUGCUCGUGUUCCUCGGUUCCCUUCUGGCCGGAGCCGUUUUUCUUCUGCGGAGCACCAGUACCAGAAGAGAAAGUGUUUUUCAGCACACCUCGAACAUUCGCAAUGCUCGCACCGCGUCCAGUCCUUCCCGGCCACGCUGUAGUUACACCUCGCAGACAGGUGAAGGCCCUUUACGAUCUUUCCCCGGAUGAAGUUGAUGACUUGUUUCUGGUCGCUCAAGUAGUGUCAUAUAUCCUGAACGGCGUAACGGGGACAGACUCAUGUACACUGCUGCUUCAACAGGGCGAAGCGGCAGGUCAGUGUCUCUCACAGCUGUACGUGCACCUGGUUCCCCGUCGGAAAGACGAUCUUUCCAACAACGAUGAUAUUUAUCCGCUUCUAGAGAAGUCUCUCCCUCUUCCGCUGGAAGAAGACAGCGAAGUUCACCCCGAGGAGCGGGAAUCAAAACGUCUGCAGGCAGCGGAAUUCCGCGAAUGGCUACUGCAGCUUGCAGCUGACCAGCACCCGCUCCCGUCACGUCCCAUUGAUAUCACUGCGUGA